AUGAACUCAAUGUUGGAAGCGAUGUUCCACGGAAAACCGAUGAUCGUGAUUCCUCUAUUUGGCGAUCAGCAGCUGAAUGCGAGAAACAUACAAAGGCAUGGUGUAGGCACCCUCAUCGAAAGACAUCGUUUGAACAAAUACACUUUGAGACAAGCUAUCCAGGAAACAUUAGGAAAUCGGUACGUCUGA